AUGGUCCUUCUGGAAACAUGGAAGCUACGAAACAGCACUAUUGUGACAGAGUUUGUCCUGUCUGGUCUCUCCUCUGACCCAAACCUUCAACUGCCCCUCUUUUUACUCUGCCUAUCAGUUUACCUUUUGACUAUUUUUGGGAACUUUAUGAUCAUUGUGCUAAUUAAAAUGACUCCAGCACUGAAAACACCAAUGUACUUUUUUCUUAUGAAUUUAUCUUUUGUAGAUAUAUUUUACUCAUCUACUAUAACUCCCAAUUUUAUGGCCAAUAUAAUCUCUGUCAACAAGACAAUCUCUAUCUCAGGAUGUGCCACACAGAUGUUUUUCUUCAUUGAUCUUGCAAGCUCUGAAGCCAUGCUACUGGCUGUGAUGGCCUAUGAUCGGUAUGUAGCUAUAUGUAAGCCAUUGUAUUACACAACAUUUAUUAACCAAUCAGCCUGUUUUCAGCUUAUCUUUUCAGUAUAUACUGCAGGAUUUCUCAACUCACUAACCCAUACAUAUUGUGCAUUUAUUUUACCCUUCUGCCAUUCAAAUGUUAUAAACCAUUUCUUCUGUGACGUCAAUCCUAUUCUAAAACUUUCAUGCAGAGAUACUUUCAUCAAUGAGUUACUAUUAUUUAUCAUUGCUGGGUCCAUUGAAGUGGGUUCUUUCUUAUGUAUAAUUAUAUCAUAUAGCUAUAUUUUGGGUGCUGUAUGUAGAACUGGCUCUUCUAAAAAUUGGAUCAAGUCACUGUCUACCUGUGCUUCUCACUUCAGUUGUGUAGCUUUAUUUUACUGCCCAGUGUUUUACAUGUACUUACGUCCAACAUCUGCCUACUCUGUGAACGAAGACUGGGUGGUUUCUGUGUUCUAUACAGUAAUCGUACCAUUGCUGAAUCCCAUAAUUUAUAGCAUGAGGAACCAAGAUGUAAAAGAAGCUCUAAAAAAAAAGAUAAUCAAUUCUGUGUUGAUGUAUAUGGAUUGA